AUGCGCGUGCAUGAGCUUCAAGGUGCAACCAUUGUGUAUGAUGAGCGCGAGGGGGCAGCAGGGUUAGCAGGGGGAGAAGGGGAGGAUGGGGAAGCAACACUGACAGCGACAGAGCUGAAGGAGCAGGGCAAUGCGGCAUUCUCCCGAGGCGAGUACGAGCAGGCAGUGGGGCUCUUCACUCGAGCCAUUCAGGCCGACCCCAGCUCGAGUGUUCUCUUUAGCAACCGGUCAGCUGCCCAUGCAGCCAUGAAGAAUUUCCAGCAAGCGUUGCACGAUGGCAGGAAGGCGCUGCAGUUGCAACCCAGGUGGUCAAAGGCGUACUCUCGCAUUGCAGUGGCGCAUUAUGGGAUGAAACAGUAUGUGGAGGCAGCAGCAGCAUACGAGAAGGGGCUCAGGUGUGACCCUCACAGCACCGUGUGCAAGCAGGGAUUGCAACAGGCGCGGGAGAGGUUGCAGCAGGAGGAUGAGAAGGAGGCCAAGAGUGGGAAGCACACGUUUCGCAAGCGGAAAGCAGCAGAGGGAGGCGGGAAAAGGGAGGGGAAAGGGGGCGAUGCAGCGGUAAGGAAGAAUGGGAGAAGGGGGGAUGCUCUGGUAAAGAGGGUGAAGGAGGGGGGAUAUGCGCCGGUGAGAGGGAUGGGAGGGGGGAUAUGCGUUGGUGAGAGGGAUGGGAGGGGGGAUAUGUGUUGGUGA